AUGGCCGGCACUGGCAAAACUACUAUUGCGAACACUCUAUGCUCUACGCUUUACGACAAUCACGAACUUGGAGCGAGCUUCUUCUGCACAAAAUCUUUGCCUGAGUGUCGCAAUGUCAAAUCUAUUCUCUCCACGAUCGCAUAUCAACUUGCACGGUUCUCUAACCCAUUCCGUAUCGCUUUACUGGAGGCAUUGGAACGUGAUCCUGACGUCCAUACUAAAUUGCUGCAAGUACAAUUCGAGCGUAUGAUCCUUAAACCAUUACAGGCCGUAAAAAGCAGUUUACCAGCCAACACGAUUAUUGUGAUCGAUGCUUUGGACGAGUGCGAAAACGAAAACGGAGUCAAACAGAUAUGUGAUGUGUUGCUCGAAUACGCACUGGAGCUACCGGUCAAAUUUCUUAUCUCCAGUAGACCCGAAUCCUACAUCCGAGAGCGGAUGGAUAAAUUGACCUUGAAAACGCAGCUAACUCUACAUGAACUGGAUGCUAGGACCGUCGAGGCAGAUAUCAAGACAUACCUCCAGCGGGAGUUGGAAUUGAUACCUGUUACAUUCACCGAGGAACAGCUAGCGAUAUUAGCCAAACGUGCAGGCGUGCUUUUUGUCUAUGCCGCAACUGUGGUCCGGUAUAUCGGAGCUCGGAACUCUUCAGAACGAUUGCAUUCCAUAUUAAUGGGUUCAGAAUCUGAGUUACGCUCACCCAACAAGACACACGACAUUGAUGUCUUGUACGAAACCAUACUUAGGUCAGCAUUUAGUGAUUCCCUGGAGCCCUCAGAAACCAGGCGGAUGAAACUAGUGUUGUACACCGUAAUUUGCGCACAAGAGCCUCUUACAAUUGGUAGUCUGGCAGGACUUCUGAACAUGAGCACUAUAGAAGUCCAUGAAGCGUUGCGACCUCUGUGGUCUGUUCUAUAUGUCUCCCAAUCCCAGUCUGACACAUCCAAACGAGUCACCACACUUCACGCAUCAUUUCCCGAAUAUCUGCUAGACUCCAAUAGGUCUAAAGAGUUCCUAUGUAACGGCGAGGCACACAACAGUAAAUUAGCUAAACUAUGCCUCGAACGAAUCAAAAGGAACAAGCUGCAGUUCAACAUCUGCAACCUGGAGACAUCAUAUAUUUUUGACGACGAAGUUCCAGACUUGGAUAACAAGAUAACAAGGGCUAUCCCACUAGAUCUUUUGUACGCAUGCAAAUAUUGGGAAGCGCACCUAGUGUUGGGUCGGAAGUCCAGUGAACUUGCUAAAGCGUUACAUGGAUUUCUUUCAAAAAACCUACUGGUAUUUAUGGAAGUCUUAAAUUUGCACAAGCAAUUGGUCAAAUGUAUUGGAUGGAUUGAGAAUGUCGUGUGUUGGAUACGAGGUUCGGAUUGCUUCAAAGAUGUGGAGCCUCUGGCCCAAGAUGCACAACGAUUUGUGGCUAUUUUUGCUACGAACCCUAUUUCUAGGUCCACGCCUCAUUUAUAUGUGUCCAUGCUUGCUUCGUGGCCAGACCACCGACUCAUUUCCAAAUAUUACGCCAAACCGACCAAUUGCCUAUUCCACUUCAAGGGACUUGCAUCAACGGAGCGACAGAUGGCUUUAUUGAAUGUGAUUCAAGUCCAUGAACCCGUCUACUGCGUCGCAUUUGCACCGAACGGCCAAUUCUUUGUUACUAACACCCCAGACAACACCAUUGGUAUCUGGGAUGCUAUCAGUUGCCAGAUGAGAACAGACCCAAUGAGAGGGCAUAGUUCUCGGGUCCAAUGCCUUGCUAUCGCCUCAAAUAAUAUCAGUAUCUGCUCUGGCUCAUGGGAUGGUAGCAUUCGCAUCUGGCAUUCACAAAAUGGGCAACCAAUGGCUGGCCCUUUCACGUAUAAUCGUGAUGUGCCGGAUAGGGUAUACUCAGUGAAUUUCUCAUUCGAUGGCCUCUUAAUCCUCUCAACAACGGCCCUGGGACACAUCUAUGUAUCAAGUUCUCAAGACGGGAGUUUAAAACACCAUCUCAGGGUUGGAAUGGAGUGUGGCGAAGUUUUUUCGGCUGCUUUUUCACCCAAUGCUUCUGUUGUUAUUGCUGGAAUCGGGCCGUCCAUAUAUAUGUGGGAUACACAGAAAGGCCACUUAAUAUGCGAACCAUUAACAGGGCACACUAAAUUCAUAUACCAAAUAGCCUUUUUCCCAGACGGAAAGCGAUUCGUUUCAUGCGGCGAUGGUCCAGGAGGAGGGGAGACACGUAUAUGGGAUGUGAGUGACUACAAAACGACUCAUACUAUAUUCGGAAACCAUCGACUUGGGGUUAGCUCAGUAUCCGUCUCUCCUAAUGGGGCAUUCAUUGCUACAGGAUCUGAGGAUUGCACUGUACAAGUACGCGAUACGGAGACCUGGGAGAUCUGCUCCAUCCUUCACCACGUCAACAGCAUCGAAUCGAUCGCGUUCUCACCUGAUAGCACGCGUCUUAUUUCUGGGUCUAUAGACAACAGUGUAUGCAUGUGGGAAGUGCAAAAACAAAGUGGGAUUUUAAUAGGAAGGCAACAAGAAGGCCAUAGCGACUGGGUCAGGUCUGUUGAUUUCUCGCCAUGCGGAACCUAUCUUGCCUCUGCUUCCGACGAUUCAACCGUAUGUAUCUGGAACGCACGAAGCGGACGAUUGGAAGGAAAUCCACAGAAGGGUCACAAGAGGCGGGUUCUAUUUAUCGAAUUCGUCGGUGGAGAUCGAAUUAUUUCGGCGUCUGCAGACAGAACAAUUUGUGUCUGGGAAAGUGAAACUGGGAAGGUCAAGGACAUAAUUCACCAAAGUUAUUCAUCAGAUGAGGAUUGGCGUCGCGAAAGGCUUCCAUUCGCUGUAUCACCUGAUGGUAGCAAGAUAGCGUACGGGAGUCGUCGUGGGAUCAUAAGCAUGAGGGAGUGCGAAGAAAGAACGUUUGAAUUCGUACCACUUGGCAAUUUCUGGGGAGUUUGCUCGAUUUCAUUUUCACCCGAUGGGGAGACCUUGGCUUCCGGCCAUGCCUCCGGAAGCGUCGCACUUUGGGAUGUUGGUAGCGGAGAACCAUUGUUCGAUCCAUUCGCCUCGCCCAUAGGCCAUUCAAAAUGCGUUUAUUCCGUCGCGAUUUCCCCGAAUGCCCUUUACAUAGUCUCGGGCUCGCAGGACAAUACUAUACGCUUGUGGGAUAUCCAGAAUGGGUUGCCGAUAAAUGAACCAUUCCGAGGCCACACCGGGACUGUCAAUUCCGUUACGUUCUCCCCCGACUGCAUGCUUAUUGCGUCCGGGUCCGAAGACAAGUGUGUACGGGUAUGGGAUGUAAAGAGCGGACAGCCCAUCGCAUUAUUCAAUGGUCACAUCGACAUGGUCUGUUCGGUCAAGUUCUCUCCAGACGGACUUCAAAUCGCUUCUGGAUCAGGUGAUAGAUCGAUACGUUUUUGGAAUGCGCCAAUACACAAAGAGUGA